AUGGCUCCAGCAGAGACUGACAAUGGUGAGGCUGAUGACGAGCCACCGAAUGAGCCGCCCGCGCGGACAGGCCUCGACUUUCUGCGAGCGCUGCAUGCGACCCCUCCGCCUGUAGGCACUGCAGGCCCGUCUGCUUGCAGCAAUGAGAAAGAGGCCGUUGCAACGCCGUCUGCCUCUAUUCGCGUCGCGCCUGACAGUGCUCCCGCCACUGUCAGCGUCACUGAGGUGGGUGAGUCAUCGUCUGCAGCCUCGAACAAGCGGCGUCGCUUCGCGCAAGGCGUCCUACCGUUCGGCACGCCCCCUGCGAAACCGACUCCGCCUCCCGUUCCUGUCCAAGCUCCGAAGCGUGCGUCCCGUGAACUCACCGACGCUGAGAAGGUUGAGGAGAAAUUUCUAAAGGCGCAGCAGCUAUACAUCACGCAGUGGCUGCCGAAGUUUGACUGGCUGCUGCUUGACAAGAACGAGAAGGGCCUGCCCAUUCUGCGAUGCAGCAUUUGCGUGGAGCAUGGGAAAGACGACGCAAAGUUCGGAUGGAACGGAACGGGGGGACGCGAUCUGCAGCUCGGAUUGAUGCGCUGUCACGAGCUGAGCGGCUGCCACGAGGAAGCCAUGAAACGGCAGCGGACGCUCAUGGUGGAGAUCGAGAAGCAGAAGCGGAUCGACGAUUUCGCCAACACCGACAAGGAGGGUGUGCGGCUUACUUGUCUCAUGCGCGGCGUGGAGUUCAUCUGCGACCAUGACGCGCCGAUCGCGAUUGAAGCCUUGGUGGUCAAGGAUGCUGCGAAAGCUUUCCCCGACCUUAACAUGAUCGAUGCUGCUGUGCGUGCUGUGGGGGAAAUCAUCUGCCGUUCCAACAUUUGGCACAAGAUUGCAGCAACAGUGCAAACGUUCAAAUUCCAUUUCUGUCUGUACUUUCUCGCAGAUAUUCUUUCCGUGCUUAACUCCCUCAACCGCUUCUUCCAGCACCGCAAGGCAAGUGUGGUGGCCAAGGAAGUCGACCACACGAUCACCAUCAUCACGCACCGAUACAUCGUGUACGGCGAGACAUUUGGGGGCGGGGUCAGCAAGCUGCUGUCCAAGUUCAUCAAAGAGCAUGGAGGCGACAACAGGACGAUGGUGGUUGAAGGGAUUGACGCGGAGGGGCGGCAGACAACACACAAGUUUGAGCUGAGCGAGACACCUAUCAAGAAACACAAGUUUGGGGGCACGCUUGCAGACUGCGAGAAGCUGUGCACUGGUUUCGCGAAGGAAAACGUCGCGAGAAUGAAGUACCGCAUGUGA